GGGAGCGGCGGAAGGCUGAUAUAGCCCUCCCCCCGGAAAUAGGCCCUCUUUCCGCCGGGCGGCGCGGCUCAAGAUGGCGGUGCAGAUCUCCAAGAAGCGCAAGUUUGUCGCUGAUGGCAUCUUCAAAGCUGAACUGAAUGAGUUUCUGACUCGUGAACUGGCUGAAGAUGGGUACUCUGGAGUAGAAGUCCGGGUCACUCCAACCAGGACUGAGAUUAUCAUACUUGCCACCAGAACCCAGAAUGUGCUGGGUGAAAAGGGACGUCGCAUCCGGGAGCUGACGGCUGUUGUGCAGAAGAGGUUUGGCUUCCCCGAGGGAAGCGUGGAGCUCUAUGCCGAGAAGGUGGCCACCAGAGGUCUGUGUGCCAUCGCCCAGGCAGAGUCCCUGAGAUACAAACUUCUGGGAGGCUUAGCAGUGCGUCGGUGAGUAGAGCACAUUGAAUU